GCUUCGCGACGCUACCCCAGUACUCGGGCGAUCGCUAGUACCCGCGCACGCGACAUCCCUCCGUCGGGGGUGCGCGCCACCGUGUUUGUAUGUAUAUGUGUGCGUGCGUGCUCGUCGAGGGUGCUGCCGAUUGCAGUGGCAGCCAGCAACGUGGUGUUAGCGUGAUGCAUCCAUCCCGCGUGGCACGCUAAUCGCUCGAUCAACCCUCGCGCUCGUGCUGCGCGAGGGUGCACGGGGUGCCUCGUCACGACCUCUCGUAGGCUCACGAGAGGAGCUGUGCCGGACCUCUGGUCAGCAUCCGCGAGAUAGGAAUGUAGAUCAUCAGUAAAUGUGAUACAGAAGAGUCGCGAGUACCGGGCAUGGCUGCGUGUUUCAACCCUCGCAUUGCGUCGCACUGAGGAACAGGGUCAUUAGCUACGUGGGUAGUCGGAAUGGGUCGUGGGAAGUUGCUCAAGCAGAAACGAACAUCGCCAGCGUGAUUCUGAUUUUGUUUCGGAUGUACGGGGCCAGUUGAUUCAUCACUGUUACUGUUACUUCAGAUUCUACCUGAUGGCGAUGUUGCGACGCAGAUUUCAUUUCGAUAUUUUAGUAACAAUCAAAUUUCGUGCUUGCGAAACACGCGACAACGUCCACGAGGAUCGUUGCGUCGCCGAACGACACUCAAGUACGUGAUUCUGGUGAUUUAAAGGAUUUCGAAGGAUUUGAAGUUUCUCGAGGACGCUCAGGGCAUCGCGGCUAAUCGUGGAAUCAAUGGAUCGGAGAAAUCAUCCUCCGCCGCAUUAAAAUUGUAUCCAUCACUGGAAGAGAAUACGAGAGCACCGUAAGCACAGAGACACGGUGAGAUUUCGCAAUGAGGGAGUAAGCAAGGACGAGGAAGCGAUAUCGAAAGGAGGAAUCGAGAUUUUUUUCGGGUGCUUUCGAUAUCCGCGCGUGUACAUCUGCGCAAACAGUGGAUCCAAUUAAUCAUCCCCUAAAGCAGACACUUGUGGCAGAGAUACUCGCGUAUGAUGGAAACGCGAGCGUCGCCACUGGAGGAAAUUUACGGCAACCGCGGGGAAUCAUCCGCCUCGUCGAGCACGGCGAAUCAUCUGAUAUUUGCCAUCAGAUAAUGCACGGCCAUCGCCGAUAAUGGAGCGAAAAUCCGGCUAAAACUCGCGUCGCGAAGCUGACCGUUGCAGCCGUUGCAGAACAGUUCGCCGAACAUCGAUUGGCUCCGGACAACAGAACGAAUCCGAAUUCCUUCCUGACGAGGCGAGCACGCCUGGAUGAGCUAAUCGGGCGUGCAGUUACAGUUCUGCGGGAAUCCUCAAUCCGCCGCGACUUGGACCUUAGUUAGACGAUGACGAGAGACGAGGCGAGAAAUUGGAACGAAUAAAAAAUUAUCAAUGUUUUCUCCUUCUUUCCAAUCGUCAUCGGUAAAACGAUUAGCGGCGAGCAAAGGGAAUCGAGUCGGACAUUGCCGGCAAGAUGCUCGCGCAAGUAUCGAGAUAUUUACAUAAAUUGCAUACGUCAUUUGGCACGCGAGAGAAAUAGAAACGAGCGCGUCCCCCCGCUCGUUUUCGAUUCGGCGGAAGAAGCGCGCGAGAAGAAGGAUAUUUCCCUUACGGCCAUCGGCGCAAGAAGCUCCGGCUGCUAAUGCGGACAUCGUCUCGGAACGGACGGCAGAUUACCAGCUUUUGUGUAUCGGCUCGUAGCUAUUACCGUUACCAGAGAAGAAAAUCGUUAGCAGCGUCGCCCGGAAAUCCUGCGGAAGAUUAAUGAACGGUGCGGCCGGCGGAACAUCGUCGCGGCGAUAGUCACCGAUAAGGAAAUCGCGGCCGAGAGAGUCGAGCAACGUCGCGGCUCUCUCGCCUUCAUCCCCCGUCUCCGGUCCCCUCCGUCGACGGUCGGUGACACAAGUGCGUCGGCUUGAUGUUGUCGCGCUUCCUGCAGGAGCUGUCGUCAGCGGACACCAGGAGUGCCGUCGCGGCGAAACGGAAGGAGGAGGGCUUGUGAUCGUUCCGGCAGCGGGCCGAUCGUUCCCGCGCUACAACCAAUCGCGGCAGCGCGGCGGCGAUCGCCACGAUCGCCGCCGAUGAGGAUGACGAUGUGACGGCGGCGGCGGCGAAGGCAGGCGACGAGAUGACGGUGACGGUGACGCCGUCGACUUCCGACGUCGCCGACAAAGCGGUGUCGACGGACGAUGGCGGUAGCGGCGGCAUGGAAGUGGCGCGCCUCGAGGCCGUCCUCGCCGCCCUGGUGGAGACGAAGGUGGAAGCGAUGAAGGCGUCGUCGACGCUGAGCCGACGUUCCGGCAGCGCGCCCGCCAGUCCGCGCCGACCUAGAUUGACCUCGACCUCGACGGCCUCCUCCUCGUUGAACCAUCACUACCACCAUCAUCAUCACCAUCAUCAUCAUCGCCACUCGCAGCAGCAGCAACAGCAGCAGCAGCAACAGCAGCAUAAUAAAAAGAAAGGUCAGCAUUAUCAACAGCAUCACCGUCAUCGUCGCAGACGUCACGACUCCGCGCCCUGCGGAAGUGAUUACUUCAACAACGUGACGGAUCAUUCUCAGCACAAAUUAGCUAAUGGAAGGGGACGGAGAAGAGCCUCCGAAAGUCCUCGAAGCCCUCGAAAGAAGCGCAGGCAUUCGAGGAGCCCAAAUGUUCUACAAGGCGUCGUCCAAGACGUUCACGCCGGCCUCGAUUCGCGCUUCGAGCUGCUCGGCAUUGACGGCGACCAAGAUGUGGCCCUAAUAAAUUUCGAAAGGGCUAAAGAUAUCCUCGGCGACUCCUGCGAAUAUCCGCGGCUGCACCGAAGUGCCUGCUACUUUUCCCAAAGCGCAGCUCAAUUAAAAAUUCAUUACGACGAUGACGACUACGUGGCGUUGAACGUAGCCGACGAGUUGGAAGAGGAGGAGAUUCUGAGCGGACCGGAGAAGAUGGACGAGUCUCAGGGAAGAUAUCAUCGGCCGCGAAGAAAGCGCAAACGUAAACGACGUAAGAUCGAGUCCGUCGGUCCGGAAGAGGAACUCGUCGAUCCGGAAGAACUCCCGCCUCGUGCACGAUGGACGAUCGUCGCGACCGCUUGUCUUCUGCUCGCCAUGUCCUUGCUCUUGGUCGGUGUUACCCUGCGAAUGGCGCCUAUAAUUGACGACAUGGUACGGAAGGAGAACGAGGAGCUGCUGAACUCCCUGAACAGGGACAUUUCUGUGCCCGAGAACGUCACGGCGCCUCCCUAAGGCGGGGUGAAUUCCUUCAGAUGGAAGUGCACAGCUCGUCCGUCGCUCUCGAUUCGCUUCAGCCACGUGACACGAAGUCCUCGUCUCGCGAGGAACAUCACAAUACAUUUCCCGACGACGGACAACGUCGUUCGGGAAUCAAUCACGUCGACGACGCGUUUCAUUUUACGGAGUGGAGAUCCGGGUGAUUCGGGAGAGAAAAAGUCCGAGACGAUGGUGAGAAAAACCGGAUAAGACUCGGAGCGGGUAGCAUGCUGAUUGUUGCAACUUUUUAACGCUAAGCUCCAGAGAUGUGUCCCUGCAUACGACGUACUUGUACGUAGCGGAAACGUUAUUGCGACGAGCUCGCAAAAAGUCUAAUCGCGACGUUCGACAUAUCAUGUCGAAUUGUCGAUUGUAUUGUUGCCGCGCUCGAAAACCUCGCGUUGAUAUAUAUAUAUAUAUAUAUAUAUAUAUAUAUAUAUAUAUAUAUCGUAUCGCUGCAGACUAGGUGUCCUCAAUUCUAGGCUUCGCCAGUACGAGUUCACUUCGAUUAGAAGCACUGAAUCAGAAUUCUAAAUUAGUGAUGAAAUUCGGCCAAACUGAAUCGAAAUCGAAACUUAAUAGUACUUAACUUAAAUUUUAUUUGAUGGUAAAAUGUUUAUCUGACCUGAUAAAUAUCGUCUCAAAUUUGGCGAUUUUUAAUGUAGCGGUAACUAUUUACCUAGAGAAAUUCUCUGGCAUUGCGUGACGUCACGUACGUGAUCUGUCACCAUAAACGUGAACGAUAAAGUGACUAAGGGUGCCUGAUCUGCAUGGAAGCGAGCCGUAUAAUUCUUCAGGAACGCGAUUACAGUCUUUGAGACGAGAGCUCACGUAGUUUCGUUGCGAAAUUUAUUCCGACGAUAAGUCGCACACCGAAUGUCAACAACGAAGGAACGAUUUAGACGUGAAAAGGAUACGAUGCCAUAGACGUGGCAUUUUGCCGUCUGCUCGUCGGCGAAGGAAUCGGCUGAUACACGAAACUUUUUGUCUAUUUACUUCUUCGGAUACGUGAGAACAUACGUGGCCCGAAUUACACGUGAGUAUCGAUCCACGUGAAUAUCCACGCGGACCCGCGAAAGAAAUCAUAGAGAAAACCGACGUAGGGUUUAGCUCCACGGUGCUUUUUUUACAUGUCUUCCAGGACGAUAAAGGACACGAGCUCAACGAACGGAGGCUCCGAGUCGCCGAUUCCUCGCGCUGACGACGGACCGGAUCAUUUUUGUGCAUGUAGAAAGCUGUACAUAGGAACGUUCGUUUAUUAAAAGUCGUUUAUAAUUACGCACGUCGAGAGGAUAGCCGAGAUAAGAGCUAAAUUUGUUGUUGUCAAUUGUAAAAUAAAUUGUCAUAGAAGACACAUCCCGUCGAGGUCGCGGCAAAAGAAGAGAAAAGAAACGGAACACCAUUGGCGAUCGGUUAUUAAAAUGUAUGUACGUGCGUGUGCGCGCGCGCGUGGAUGUGUGGUGUG